GACGCUCUGGCGGUUCCGCCGUGACUCGUUGGUUCCGGCGAGCGGCGAGCGAGGGGUGAAAGUGACUUUGAGAACUGGUUAAUUAGCGAUGGCCGAGGACAUGAAGAGCAAACUGGGCCGGUACAAAACGGCACCGUUCGACAGCCGCUUCCCCAACCAGAACCAGACCCGCAACUGCUGGCAGAACUACCUGGAUUUCCACCGCUGCCAGCGCGCCAUGGCCGCCAGGGGCGCCGAUGCCACCCCGUGCCAGUGGUAUUUCCGUGUCUACAAAUCGCUGUGUCCCACCUCCUGGGUGACCACGUGGGACGAGGCCCGUGACGAGGGGACCUUCCCUGGGAAGAUCUGAGCGCGCCCCACCCCCACCCCGGGGACCCCCUUGGGGACACCCCCGGUGACACCGGGACGGGGACAAUGGGGAGGGGACACCGGUGUCACCCACGGGGGGGAGGGGAUGCGGUGGCACCGCCAAUAAAGGGUUCCAAACUGG